AUGCUGAACUGGCUGCAAAAAAUAUACCGAAAAUUACCUUACAACUCAACUCGACCCUACACAAUGGCAUGGUACUGCUCCGGAUCCACCAACACCGAGCUAGUCGAGAAUCUGUUCAAAGGCGGCCUAAUUAAAGACAAACGCGUGAAGGAAGCCAUGCUAGGAGUCGAUAGAGCCCACUAUGCACCCUCACGACCAUACUCAGACUCACCACAACCAAUUGGCCACGGCGCUACAAUCUCAGCACCACACAUGCACGGCCACGCAUGCGAAUACCUAAUCGAGCACCUUUACCCCGGAGCCCGGGUCCUAGACAUCGGAUCUGGAUCCGGAUACCUCACACACGUUCUAGCAAACCUAGUCACAUCCCCAGACUCCGCGGACAAAGGACAGGUAGUAGGCAUCGACCACAUCCACGAGCUAGUCGAGCUAGCAAAAGACAACAUGUCCAAAUCCGCCGAGGGCCGCUCGCUCCAGGAAUCCGGGAAAGUGAAGUUCAUCAAGGGGGACGGUCGUUUGGGGUGGAAAGAUGAAGCGCCGUAUGAUGCCAUUCACGUCGGUGCUGCUGCCGAGGCUCUUCAUCCGGUUUUGAUCGAGCAGCUUGCUGCUCCGGGGAGGCUGUUCAUUCCUGUGGAGUCGGACCCGGAUGACCCGGAUGAUCGGGGGAGUCUAUUGGGAGGUAUUGGAGGCCAGUAUAUCUGGGUUGUGGAUAAGAGGGCCGAUGGGUCGAUUUUUAAAGAGAAGGUAUUUCAGGUGAGAUAUGUGCCUUUGACGGAUGCGCCUGGAUCAUGA